CCACUGCGCCACCUAGUCGUCUUCGUUUCGUCCUCCUCCCGCCGCCGCUAGGGUUUUGCGAUGGACGCGACGCCGCCGCAGCAGCAGCAGCGAAGAGGCGGGGUUGGAGACGGCGAUCGGUGCGGCGUGUUGCUCUACUACAAGUACGCCGAGGUGCCCGACGCCGCCUCGCUCGCCGCGUUCUACGAGGCGCACUGCCGCGGCCUCGCACUCGUCGGCCGCGUCCGCGUCGGCCCCGACGGCGUCAAUGCCACGCUUGGGGGGCGGAUGACGGCGCUGGAGAAGCAUAUUGCGGAGAUGAGCUCCAAAACCUUGUUCGAGGGCACGGACUUCAAGCUGGCGUCCUGCGAGGAUCCUGUCGACGAGAGGGUCGCGAGGGAGUGCGGCUUCACCUCGCUCUCCGUUCGGGUCGUGAAGGAGCUAGUUACUCUGUGUUCCAACCCGACGGUGGCACCCCCAGAGAUUUCGAGCGCUGGGAGACACUUGUCGGCCGCUGAGUUCAACUCGAUACUACAAAGUGUCGCGGGAAAUAGUUUGGAUGCUGAGGCACCUGCGGAGAAGAAUGAAGUAGUUGUCUUGGAUGCGAGGAAUGUGUAUGAGACACGGAUCGGCAAGUUCAAUGUACCAAAUGUAGAGACAUUAGAUCCGGAAAUCAGGCAGUACAGUGAUUUGCCAUCGUGGAUAGAUGGCCAUACGGAGAAGCUCCGCGGGAAGUCAAUUCUGAUGUACUGCACGGGAGGUAUACGCUGUGAGAUGGCAUCAGCUUAUAUUCGCUCAAAAGGUGAAGGCUUUGAGAAUGUUUUUCAGCUAUAUGGUGGCAUUCAGAGAUAUCUAGAGCAAUUCCCAGAUGGUGGCUAUUUUGAUGGAAAGAAUUUUGUAUUUGACCAUAGAAUCUCAGUGGGAAGCCUGAAAGAAAACAUACUUGGAACGUGUUUGAUAUGCGGUUCUUCGUACGAUGACUAUUCAGCCUGUUGUCGCUGCAGCCAUUGCAGAAUGUUGGUCUUAGUGUGUCCUACAUGUCAGGUCUCUCAAAUGCAAACCCUCUUGAAAAAAUUCCUGGAUUCUACUAAGAAAUAUGUAUGUGAGCUAUGUCAGAAGAAUGGAGAAGAAUCCUGCCGAAUAUCACCAACGCAAGACUGUGAAAUACAGUUAGGAUUAUCUGAAUCUUCUGACUUUGAAAAAACAUCCAUAAGCAAUGACUUUGCAACCUCCAAAUUUCCCAGGAGUAAUGGUAGUGAGCAGCUGAAAAGGUUGAGGAUCCUCUGCUUGCAUGGUUUCCGUCAGAAUGCAUCCAAUUUUAAAGGGAGAACAUCUGCACUUGCCAAGAAACUGAAGCAUAUUGCUGAGCUUGUUUUUAUAGAUGCUCCUCAUGAGCUUUCCUUUGUAUACCAUCCAAUCCAGGGCCACUGCUCUGACAAACCCUCACCUCCGUCUGUGACAGCAAAACAAAAAUUUGCAUGGCUCAUUUCUCCGAACUCUAGCUGCAAUGCGGAGCAAGAUUGGAAGGUUGCAGAUGCGCCAUUUGACCCUCUUCAGUAUCAGCAACAAACCAAAGGCUUUGAGGAAUCAUAUGCGUACCUUGAAAAUGCAAUCUCUCAGGUGAGGAGCUUCGAUGGAAUUCUUGGUUUCUCUCAGGGUGCAGCAAUGGCUGCCUUAUUCUGCAAGCAGCAACAGAAGACCACUGGUUCUCUGAAAUUCAGGUUCGGUAUAUUCUGCUCUGGAUAUCCAGCACCAGUUGGUGAUUUCGACAGCGAAUGGAUCAAGCUCCCCUCACUCCAUUGUUUCGGCAAUGCGGAAGGCCAUGACAGGCAGAUAGCAAACAGGGCAAGCAUUGAACUUGCUGGUCUGUUUGCGCAGGAUUGCUGCUCCAUUGUUGAGCAUGACAUGGGACACAUAAUCCCCACGCGGCCGCCCUACAUUGAUCAGAUUAAAGAUUUUCUUUGUAAGUUCCAGUGAAAUGUUUGCAAGUGACUGUAUUCUGUUGUAACUUAUAAGCUGCAACCUGCUUUGGUGCCCUACCUUAAGUUGUAACUUAUAAGAUGCGUUCUGGAUCACUCAACGUGUUUUUGAUGGCCUGUGUUUUGCGUUUAAUUGCGCAAACCAAUUUGUGAUAUUUUGAGUUGUU